ACACAUUCCCGUCUCCUAAUCUCACCUCUUAUCUUCUCCACAACUACUCUCGAACCCUCUGUGCCUCUCUCUGCCCAAACACAAGCUCUGACGCAGAAUGAGCAUGGCGGCCCAGCUCAGCUUCCUCAAGCUUCCUGUUCUCCUUCCCCACAAAACCAACUAUUGCAUCUCAAAAUUACAAGUACAACCCUCAUCAUCAAAACCCAAUAUUCCAAAGCAGGACUCAACUCCUUCCCCACAGAAACUAGUCACAACCACCCUCCACAGCCUCAAGUCAGCUUCUCUUCCCCUCACAGCUCUCACAUUGCCAUUUUUCUUGGACCCCAAGGAUGCAUUUGCUGUUGGUGGGGAGUUUGGGAUUUUGGAGGGAAGGACGUUUGCUCUGAUACACCCAAUUGUGAUGGGCGGGUUGUUCGUUUACACAUUGUGGGCCGGGUAUUUGGGCUGGCAAUGGAGGAGGGUCAGGACAAUCCAGAAUGAGAUUAGUGAGCUCAAGAAGCAAGAGAAGCCUACCCCUGUCACACCAGAUGGGACACCAGUUGAAGCACCACCAUCUCCUGUUGCUCUUCAAAUUAAGCAACUCAGUGAGGAAAGGAAGGAGUUGGUGAAAGGGAAUUACCGGGAUAGACACUUCAAUGCAGGAUCAAUACUGCUCGCUUUUGGAGUUUUUGAGGCGAUUGGUGGAGGAGUUAACACAUGGUUUAGGACUGGAAAGCUAUUUCCGGGUCCCCAUUUGUUUGCAGGAGCAGGCAUCACGGUGCUAUGGGCAGCAGCUGCUGCACUUGUACCUGCAAUGCAAAAGGGGAAUGAGACGGCUAGAAGCCUUCACAUUGCAAUCAACGCGAUAAACGUUCUGCUUUUCAUAUGGCAGAUACCUACUGGACUUGACAUAGUUUGGAAAGUGUUUGAAUUCACUAAAUGGCCUUGAAUUGCAGACUAUUGAAGGUUAGUCGCUUUGCAUUUGGUGUAUUCGAGUUUAAGUACCAUCUGCAACUUCAAAUCUUCAUAGCCUUGUACCAGAGAUGUUCUUUUCGUGUUUGAUGUAGGUGUAUAGAGUUUCUUUGUAGCAUUGGAUGCUGUAUCUGCUCCAGUUAACGUUUUUUGUAUAUGUUAAAAAGGCAUUUCACUGUAUGCUGUACGGUACCAUGAAAUACAUACUAAUCUUUUUACUUAAGCCUAA